UACGGAGUAGUGGUUAUUGGUUGGGAUGAGUACGGAGUAAUGGCCAUUGGUUGGGAUGAGUACGGAGUAGAGGCCAUUGGUUGGGAUGAGUACGGAGUAGUGGCCAUUGGUUGGGAUGAGUACGGAGGAGUGGUCGUUGGUUGGGAUGAGUAUGGAGUAGUGGCCGUUGGUUGGGAUGAGUAUGGAGUAGUGGCCAUUGGUUGGGAUGAGUACGGAGCAGUGGCCAUUGGUUGGGAUGAGUAUGGAUUAGUGGUCAUUGGUUGGGAUGAGUACGGAGUAGUGGCCGUUGGUUGGGAUGAGUACGGAGUAGUGGCCAUUGAUUGGGAUGAGUACGAAGUAAUGGUCAUUGGUUUUAGCAGUUAGUAGAUCAUUAGUGAGGUUUAGUAGGGCAGUUUCAGUGGAGUUUGGUGGGGUCCAGGAGGGCUUGUUAAGUAUGGGAGUUAUAUGCACAUUGCUUUAUAGGGGAGGGGAAGGCACCAGUAGAGAG